UCAAUUGUAACAAUUUCGAGGCGUAUUUUCUUGAUUCUAGUACAGCAUUGUGAAUAUUUUCUUCAUUUGUUUCCAUCGAUUUAGUUUAGUGAACAGUGAAUUGUAACGUGGUGAUUUUCAUAACGUACGGAGAUAAACUUUUGAUAGGCCUAAUUAGUAGCGCGCGAAAAAUGAACUAAUAAGUACCUACUUACUUGUGGUAAAAAAUGGUUCUCGAGUGACAUUUGAUUUAUUAUGCGGAGAAAUUUGUGAACAUUUUCUAAAUACGUGAUGCUAAUUAAUGUCAAAAUGCUGAGAAUUUUAGUGUUGAGUUGUAUUUUAAUUUUGAAUUUUAAUAUUUCAAAUUGCGAAGAUAUUUGCUCAUUAUGUGAUUGCAAAGCAAAUGCCCUCGAUUGUUCAGAAAAGACAAUAUCUGUGGUACCUGAUAAUUUGAAAAAUGGAAAUAAAUCAAUAAUAUUGUUUGAGCACAAUUCAAUAAUACAUUUGCACAAAUUGCCGCAAUUAAAAGUUACCUAUCUUUCGUUUGCCUAUAAUUCUAUUAAUCGCAUUGAUGAUUCAGCAUUCAAGAAUCUUUAUAACUUGACGACGUUAGAUUUGAGUAAUAAUUACCUGACUUCAAGUAGUUUAAUGCCCAAUGUUUUCAAAGGGAAUUACUUACCAGAAAUGUAUGAGCCAUUGCGCAGUUUGAAAGAAUUAAACUUGAGCAAUAAUUUAUUGCACACCUUACAUCCUGCAGUUUUUGAGCAUUUACCAUAUUUGGAAAAAUUAAUAUUGAGUAAAAAUCCAUUAAAAGUUCUCAAUCAAGGAAUAGUUAAUGCCUUGUCUUCGUUGCCUCAUUUAAAGGAAUUGCAUUUAUCGAACGCUUCUUUAAAAGUGCUACCAGAGAAUAUUUUUCAUGGGCCCAGGUAUCUGGAAGUUAUAGAUCUAUCUUACAAUCAAUUCAGAGAACCACCGAUCCAACUGGAAAACACCCAUUCUUUGAAAUGGCUUUCUUUGGACGGAAAUCCAUUCAAAUACAUUGAAUCCUUUAUGACGUUACCAUUCCUACAAAUAUUACAUUUAUCAAAAAUGCCAGAACUGGUCACUAUAAAAAACCGAUCUUUGAGCACCCUUCCUCUUUUGGAAGAAUUUUACUGUUCUGACAACCGAAAAUUAGUCAAAAUUUCAAAGGAUGCUUUCAGUGCUCGAAGCAAUCAAGACGAAGAAGGUGAAGUCUGGCCUCCUCUGAAAGUAUUGGUAUUGAACAAUAAUGCUCUAAGAUACAUCGAAAGCCAUUUAGUGAGCAGAUGGGAAAGCUUGAAGGUGAUCGAUUUACAACAAAACCCCUGGAUGUGCGACUGUGAGAAUCAGUGGUUGGUUUCUACUCUCACUCCUAUUAUACAAAAAACCUCACCGGAAAUGUUGAAUUCUUUCCAGUGUUCUGAACCAGUAGAAAUGAAAAACAGAUUCAUUCUAGAUCUUUAUCAUCGAAGUUAUGAAAUGCGAUGCCUAGAUAUGUACGACCAUACUCCAGAAUACGACGGAAAACUUUUAAUAGACAUUUUAAUAUUAUCAAUAAUAUCAGCACCGUUGAUAAUGGCUGCUUUAAUAUAUUAUAAAAGAAAACGGCGGGCUUUGAUGUUUCACAAAGUACCCUCACAAGCUGAAUUUUUAAAUUAUUCUCAAUUGCAUGUACUUACUUACACUAAAUGACUUCCUUUGGUUUAAUUACAAAAUUCAUUAAUCUACGGCUAGGCUAAUAAUUUCUGCAUUUUUUUUUCUUCGUUUGUAUUGUAAGUAGAUAUUACCUUCAGCUUUAGGAUGGUAAUGUGUUGUUACUAAAAAAAAAAAUUAUUUGAAGUUCAAUUUCAUAAUUUUUGUACGAAGUACAUAUUUACGGAGAGAUGUAACAUACGUAAUAUACACCUUAAUUAUGAA